GUGCAGCUGCGAGGGUGGCACUGCGACGUAGGGCUCGUAACCGUUUUAAAUAGUUUUCAGACCCAGCUGUGGCUAAGCCUGGCUACUGCUACUUGUGUCCACGGGCUCUUGUAGGCACCGUGCUGAGAGUAAGGGUUAGAUAUGAGUGUUUUAUGGGGGAGCCCUGUCUAGACUGGAAUACAGAACCAGGCCAGUUGCAAGCUCCUAAGUUGUCAACAUGGCUACGGACUCAGAUGUGCUGCAUUUCCAGUUUGAACAGCAAGGGGAUGCUGUGUUGCAAAAGAUGAACCUCUUGAGACAGCAGAAUUUAUUUUGUGAUGUAUCAAUAUAUAUCAAUGACACUGAGUUUCAUGGACACAAAGUGAUUUUUGCUGCCUGCUCCACAUUUAUGAGGGAUCAGUUUUUGCUCAGUCAGUCGAAACAGAUGCGAAUCACCAUAUUGCAGAGUGCUGAGGUUGGCAGAAAGUUACUAUUGUCUUGUUAUACUGGUGCUCUCGAAGUUAAAAAGAAGGAGCUUUUGAAAUAUCUCAUUGCUGCAAGUUACCUUCAGAUGGUCCACAUUGUAGAGAAAUGUACCGAAGCAUUGUCUAAAUAUCUGGAAAUUGAUGCUUCUAUGGAGAACAGUAAUCAGAACACAGAGAAAUGUCAUUCCUCAGACACUGAGCUGAGAAAUAAAGAUGACAAUUUGGAUAAAGACUGUGAAAUAAUUGAAAUUUCUGAAGAUAGCCCUGUUAAUAUAGAAUAUAAUGUAAAACGGGAGCAAGGGGAUGCCUUACAACCUGCAAUGCAAAGUUUAAUAACGGAAAGAAAGGACAUGAAAACUCCAGAGAUUUCCACAGUUGAAAUAGGAUAUAAAGAUGAUGAAAUUUGUAUAUUCAGAAUGGAUUCCAUGAGCACAGCCAAUGUGGAAAAUGAUCAUUUUCCACAGCCUUGCACUUCCUCUAAAACAAGUUUAUAUUUUCCAGAAACACAACAUUCACUGAUAAAUUCUACUGUUGAGAGUAGAAUUACAGAAGUGCCUGGGAAUCAUUUUCAGGGCUUUGUCAGUGACAAUACAGAAGGAACCUCGAGUGUAGUGAGUGGGUUUCAGAGUCUGGAGGAUUCUGGUUAUUCAUGGCGGCACCAGUGUCCUAAAUGUCCCCGAGGAUUUGUCCACCUUGAAAACUAUCUGAGACACCUAAAAAUGCACAAACUUUUCUUAUGCUUACAGUGUGGGAAAACAUUUACACAAAAGAAGAAUCUCAAUAGGCAUAUCCGAGGGCACAUGGGCAUCCGCCCAUUCCAAUGCAUGGUUUGUCUGAAGACGUUUACUGCUAAAAGCACGCUUCAGGACCACUUGAAUAUUCACAGUGGGGACAGACCUUACAAAUGCCAUUGUUGUGACAUGGACUUUAAACACAAAUCUGCCCUAAAAAAGCACUUGACUUCAGUUCACGGAAGGAAUGGUGGUGACAAACCAAACCUUGACACAAUUACACAAAUCAAAAUAGACUAUGAUUAGUGGAUCUCUGGAUAGAUGUAAAGACGUGCUCUAUUUAAAAUCCUGUUGUGGUGAAAUGCCAGGUGUUCACCAACUCUUUAUGUAAGGGAGACAAGUGCAAAUAAAUAUCUAAUUUUGCUUACUGUAUUGAAACCUAGUAUUGGUGCAAUUGUUUAGAUAGUGUUUGCUAGUUGAAGGUAAAUGGCAAAAUAUCGGAACAAAAUUUGUGCUCCUUUACAGGUACGCAUGGUACAGAUAAAAGACAGCUCUGCAAAACUUUUUCUUCUAAAAGAGAACUCUUUGUGUUUGUCUUUCACACUUCCUCCUCCCAUUAGAGGACAGACUUAUUUGAAGGACCCUUGAUAUCUCAACGAGCUGAAACCUGAACUGUUUCUUUCCCAACCUUGAAUAGAGUGGGGAAGGGGAUGUCAAUACCUAUUCAGGGAGUCAAUCAUUCCCACUCAAUUGAGCGUUCUAAGACCGAUAGUUCUUGUUUCAGUCUAUGGUGAGGUCACUUUCCCGGUUCACCAAAUCAUUGGCUCUUCUAGUAGAAAGAAGUCAGGGCCUAUUCUAUUCUAUAUAGAUUUUUCUACCACACUCAUCGAAUCUGAUUCUCAAGUGUGUAGUUUAAAAAAAUAAAAACAGGAAAACUCUCUAAUGAAGCUUUAAAAUUGUCUUUAUAAAUAGAGGAGCAGUAAAAGGCACAAAAACACACUAUUCAGUUCACUUUUAACUUAAUAGGGUCUCAUUUUAUUCAUGUUCUAAAGUUUUCUAACAAUCUGACAGCUUUGUUCUCACUGAUACAAAUUGUUUGGUUGUACACUUGUUUUAGUAAUCAAACUCUAAAUUAAUUCUUUGUCUUCUGAUUGUAUUUUAUGUUUGUCUUAGUUUUGUAAAUCUCAGAUGUGUACUGCUGCUGUGAAAAUCUGAGCUACAAGCUGUCACAUAUUAGGAAUCUAUAUCUAUUUGAAAGAUGUUCUUUCUGUAUAAGGAGCAGUUUGGACACUGAGGACUCUUCAGUCUCUAAUUGUAUGAUAUUGUAAAACACUUGUAUGUGCCUGGGUAGAUGUGUUACACUUCAUGGUUUUACCUGCAGGCAUCAAACUGCCCUAUAACUCAAACUCUUUAUCUUGUGCCUGUCCUUGAGUGGCAUAUAUAUUUCUUCCAUUUAAUGUGCUAUAAAUAAGACUAUAUAUAGUUAUUGGAGUGGAAUAAUGCCAUUUAUUCUAGAUCCUCUUGAAUUAGAAAAAACAGUGCUCUUUCUUGUGUAUUUACACCGCAUAAGGAUAUAUUUCCACAUUGAUCUUAUGUCAAUUGCAAAGGGAUAUCUUUAGUUAACCUCCUGUAUAGCUUGUAGUACAAAAGCCACUCUUUUGGGUUUCACUCACCAGACAAUUAGGUGUUGUUUGUGUGCACAAUAUAUACUGUGUAACUUACUAUUAUUCAUCUAUAAUAGCAAUGUUCAACUGUACUGAUAUGAUGACUGCUCUCUACUGAAACCCCAGUUUUGGCAGGUUUAAUACUUUAGUCAUUUUACCUUUGUUUCAAGAUGAAUUUGUAAUAGGUUCUUCACUUGCUAGUUAGACUCAUGCUUUGAAUAACUGAUUUACCAGUCACUUAUUACAAUGCCUAGAGUCUCAGCUGAGUUCAGGAUCCCAUUAUGCUAGGCACUGCACAUGAACAUCAGAGAUAAUUCCUACCUCAAAGGGUUUGCAAUCUAAAUAGAUAAGCUAAAGGGUGAUAGGAAGUACUGCUAUCUCUAUUUUACAGAUUUUUACAGUACCCUCAGGGUUACUGAGGCACAGAGAGACUAACGAAGAACAUGUUUCAGUUCAUUUUACAUAGUGUGAAGUAGUCCUAUUGAAGUGAAUUGGUGGACUAGUCAGUGUGUAAAGUUAAGCAUGUAUAUAAGUCUCUGUAGGAAUGGGACCCAAAUGAUAUGCCCAAGGAAGGCAUAACUGGCCAACUGAAACAAUAUUCUGAGUCCCAGUCUAGUGCUUUAAGCAUAAGACAUCUUUCAUCUCUCUGCUCUUAUCCAAUAUACAUAAUUUGGAUAACAUUGUUCUGGCAUUCUUAACUAUAACAAUUAUAUUUGCCAAACUAAGGGUUUGGGUUUUCCUUAUUUGCUGGACACUGAUGCAUAAUGAAUUUUGCAAGUUUUAAGUUUGAAACAUGGCUGUUUUACAAUUGUGAUUAAUUGCUUUUUAUGGCAUUUUGUUAGUUUUGGUUUGUAUUCUUUGACUAAUCUGUGUUUGCAGUCUUGUUGACCUUGCAUUUAGUGGUGGGUGUGAGGGUCCCUCACAUUGUAACAAAUGCAAAGAAUUCAUUUUUGGUUUUGUAAAUGUUUUAUUUUGUUAAUGGUAACAUUAACGGUUCACCUGACUUCCAAAAACAUACUUACUCGGUAUUGGUUACUGUAUUAACAAAUAUUAACGUGGGUGUAUGUACAGGUUUAUAUCUAACUGUUCAUUUGUGCCUGCAGAUUUGCACACUUUUUUUAAAAAUCAGUUCCUUACAUGUUAGGAGAUGUCAGAAAACAUUGGAGAACUGUAUUAAACUAACAAAUUAAGGAAAACUUGAUGCUCCUUUUAAAUUGGACCCUUUAUAAUAUUGUAGUAUAGAAGUUAAAUGUAUUGUGCUGUUGUGGGGCAGAUAGAGCCUUGGUUUGGCUGUCUUUGGGUUUGUUCAACUAAAAUGCCUUUCUGGCAAGUGCAUAAGUCUCAGCAAUAUGAAUUCAAACAAUCAUUGCCUGAUCUAGGUGUGUGUUACUCAUGUUGUUUCCCUAACUGAUAAAGGGGAAAUAGAGGUUAUGAUCUUGAUAUGCACCUUCUGUGUGAGGAUUGGUAACUUUUGUUCAGCUGUUGUAGUGCAUGUACAUCUGAGAGGAAGCUGUGUGUACCUCUUCAGUGGCUAGAAUUUCUUACUUGAUGAAUUUUGUUAAAGAGAAUUGGACUCAGGCAUAUGUAUGCAUACAACUCCCCUUGUACCAUUUUUUUAAAUGUAACCAUUUGCUCUAUUUAUAACAUAAAUAAAAUGGAAUGGAAAUAA